UCUCCGCUCCCUCCCUGUCUCGUUACCGACUUUCAGUUAUUAUUCAUACAUAUACAUAUAGCAUAUAUAUAGAUACAUAGUAACGCAAAUAUAUUUAUAUAUGUUUUUGUGUAGAGAGAGAAACAGCACUGCGAAUUUAGGGAACUUUCUUCUUUUAUUGAUUCUCAAGCAAUUUCUCCGCCAUAAAUCUAAGAUCGUCUGGAGAUGGUGAAGAUAGAUCAGCCUAACUGAAUUGGCCUUGUGUUUUUCGUCCUUGUAAUUUAUCAUUGGAGAUAGUUCAAGUCAUAAUGUGAUGAUGUUCUCUGAAUGGCUCCUUCAAAUGGCAUACAUUUAUAACAGAGACACCAGUCUCCUAAAAGUUGACAGCUCUUGAUUGCACUGCAUCACAGGCCAACAUCUUGAUGCUGAGCGAAUUGGUCUGGAGUAGUAGAAGAAUUUACUGUUAGCAUUUUAUUUUUGGCGAAAUUUGUAGUUCCAACUUCAGAAUUUAGUAGUGGGUUGGUUGAGGUCGGACUUAAAAAAAAUUCUGAAAAGGUGCACUGCUAUAAUCUAAUGGAGGAAAUAGUAUCACCAUCAUGUCAAAAACAACAAAUGUCUAGUCGAAAGUUCUCAUUGAGUGGGCCCUCCAAAGACCUGUGGAUUGCUGUACGAGAAGGGUCUGUUGGUGAAGUAGAUUCAUGCCUGACCUUUCUUAAGAAGAAUGGGGGGAAUAUCAAUGCCCGGAAUCCAUUUGGGCUUACACCUCUCCACAUUGCAACCUGGAGAAAUCAUAUCCCAAUAGUUAACAGGCUACUUGCAGCUGGUGCAGACCCUAAUGCUAGGGAUGGCGAAUCAGGAUGGAGUAGCCUUCAUCGAGCACUGCAUUUUGGCCAUCUUGCAGUUGCUAGUGUCCUUCUCCAGUCUAGUGCUUCUAUCACUCUGGAAGACUUGAAAUCUAGAACACCUAUUGAUCUGUUAUCAGGACCUGUUGUGCAGGCUGUUGAUAAAGAUAGUUCAUUGGCCACAGAAGUCUUUAGCUGGGGUAGUGGAGUGAAUUAUCAAUUAGGAACUGGAAAUGCUCACAUUCAGAAGCUACCUUGCAAAGUUGACUCCCUUCAUGGUUCAGUUGUUAAAUUAGUCUCUGCAGCAAAGUUUCAUAGUGUUGCAGUUACUUCGCGUGGAGAAGUCUAUACUUGGGGAUUUGGAAGGGGUGGCCGUCUUGGGCACCCUGACUUUGAUAUACACAGUGGUCAAGCUGCUGUCAUUACCCCACGCCAAGUAAUUUCUGGUUUAGGGGCACGCCGUGUUAAGGCAAUUGCUGCAGCCAAGCAUCACACCAUUGUUGCAACAGAGGCUGGGGAGGUUUUUACAUGGGGUUCAAAUAGAGAGGGUCAACUUGGCUAUACUUCUGUUGAUACUCAACCCACACCUCGGAGAGUGAGCUCUUUAAAGUCGAGAGUUGUUGCUGUAGCUGCAGCAAACAAACACACUGCUGUAGUCACUGAUUUGGGUGAAGUUUUUACAUGGGGUUGCAAUAAAGAGGGCCAGCUUGGUUAUGGUACAUCCAACUCAGCUUCUAACUAUACUCCAAGAGUAGUUGAAUAUUUAAAGGGAAAAGUUUUCAUUGAGGUUUCUGCAGCAAAGUAUCACACCAUUGUAUUGGGAUCUGAUGGAGAGGUUUUCACUUGGGGGCACCGAUUAGUUACUCCCAGACGUAUUAUUGUUGGCAGAAACGUAAAAAAAGUUGGGAGUACUACUAUGAAGUUUCAUCGUAAACAUGUUGUAGCCAUUGCUGCUGGAACAAUGCAUAGCAUUGUGUUGAUAGAUGAUGGUGCCUUGUUUUAUUGGGUCUCGGCAGAUCCUGAUCUUCAGUGUCGGCAGUUAUAUUCAUUCUGUGGGAGAGACCUAGUUAGUAUCUCUGCUGGGAAGUAUUGGACUGCUGCAGUUACUGUUACAGGUGAUGUUUACAUGUGGGAUGGAAAGAAAGACAAAGACAAACCGCCCUCAGUGACUCGGUUACAUGGGGUUAAAAAAGCAACUACUGUGUCUGUUGGAGAGACCCAUCUAUUGAUUAUAAGUUCUCUCUAUCAUCCUGUUUAUCCAUCUAAUACUAUGAAUGAUCCUUUAAAGCUCAAGUCACGAAUAAAAUGUGAAAUAGAUGAGCUUGAUGAAGGCUUUAUGUUUGAUGAUAGAGAGUCAAAUGAAGUCUUGUCUACUGUGCAUAAGGAGGAUGAGAAAAAUAAGUGUGUGCCAAGCUUAAAGAGUCUUUGUGAGAAAUUGGCAGCAGAAUAUCUGGUGGAGCCACGAAGCGCUAUCCAAUUGCUGGAAAUUGCAGACUCCCUAGAGGCAGAUGAUCUGAGGAAGCAUUGUGAGGAUAUUGCUAUUCGCAACCUGGAUUAUAUCCUUACAGUCUCAGGACAAGCAUUUGCCAAUAUUUCAUUGGAUAUCCUUGUCAGGCUAGAGAAAUUAUUAGACUUAAAGUCAUCUGAACCAUGGAGUUGUCGACGGCUUCCAACCCCCACAGCCCCAUUCCCAGCCAUAAUGAACAGUGAAGAAGAGACUAGUGAUAAUGAAUCUCUUAGAAUGCGCGAGUAUAGUAAGAAGAGAAUAAUUUCUAAAGAAGAGGGAGAUAAACGAUUAGACAACUUUCUGCAGUCUUAUGAUGCUAAGGAAGGCAUUUCAAAGCAAGUCCGAGCUCUGAGGAAAAAGUUGCAGCAGAUUGAGAUGCUUGAAGAGAAGCAGUCCAAGGGGCAGACCCUUGAUGCCCAGCAAAUUGCAAAGCUUCAAACAAAGUCAGCUUUGGAACAUUCACUUUCUGAGCUUGGUGUUCCUAUUGAAACAUUGCAAACAACCACAUCCAUCUCUGUCACUGGAAAACCAACUAAAGAGCUAGAGGCAUCCAGAAGGCAGAGGAGAAAAAACAAACAGAAGCCUUCCCCGUUGGAGGUGAAACCCAGUAACUGUGAAAUCAUUGCUGAACCAAGUCCAGAAAGGGGUUGCUUGGCUGCUGACAUUUCACAAGCCAAUUACAAGGAGGACAAGCAUUUGGAGGGAGCAGCAAGUCCAGCAACAGACCAAGAUGCAAAUGAAUCUCCUUUCUGUUUAAAGAAAGGCCUCAGUUGCUCCCCAAAAGGUACAAAAGCAUCACCUGUAGUGAAUAAGAAGAAAAACAGAAAAGGUGGGCUCUCUAUGUUUUUGAGUGGUGCUCUUGAUGAUGUUCCUAAAGUUGAGGUUCCACCGCCAAUAUCGCCAAAAGUUGAAGGCCCUGCUUGGGGAGGUGCGAAGAUUGCAAAAGGGUCUACAUCUCUUCGUGAGAUACAGAAUGAACAGAGCAAAAUAAAGCAAACAAUACUAGUGAAAAGCCAAGACCAUUUGGAAGAAUUAUCUGAUGGCAGCAAUAGUGGGAGAGUACAAUUAAGUUCAUAUUUGUCAUCUAGUCCAGUAGCUGUUGCAUCUGCACGAACAACACAGGUGUCCGAUGUGGAAAGGAACACUCCUCCCUGGGCUACCUCUGGGACCUCUCCUCUUUCUCGCCCAUCUCUCAGGGACAUCCAAUUGCAGCAGGUGAGACACUACCAUGGCCUAUCUCAAAGCCCAAAGGCAAAAAUUGCAGGAUUCUCCCUUAUGAGUGGACAGGGUUCGCCAUCAGACUCCAGUGGCCUGAACCGCUGGUUCAAGCCAGAGGUUGAGAUGCCUUCCUCUAUCCGUUCAAUUCAGAUAGAGGAAAGGGCAAUAAAAGACUUGAAGCGCUUCUAUAGCAGUGUUAAGGUCGUUAAGAACCAGUCAUAAGAACAUCAUAACCAUGUGAUGGUCUUUCUGUAGUUCCUAGGUUUCUUUUUAACCUUAUGUGAGCAUAUCAAGAUUUCCAUGUAAAUUUCUGUACAGACGGUCCAACUUGUGCUCCAGAAGGCAGUUCGAUUUGACCAUAUAGGCAGAACUAGAUUUUAUUGCUUCAUUCUUCUUCUUCCAACCCAAUUUGACAUGCAUGAGAUGGGAUUUCAUCUGCCUGUAUUUAUUUUCAAUAAGGAGCCAUUUCUGUACAUAAUUCUUUCUUGAAUCCGCAGAUUUAGUUAUACUAAACUCUGCAAAUUAAUAAAAGAUUCAACGGAGAUAGAUUAAACUUAA